AUGCUUCACAAGAGCUUCAAACCGGCGAAAUGCAAGACGGCAUUAAAGAUGGCGUCAUCCCGUAUCAAGCUGCUGAGGAACAAGAGAGAAGUGCAGUUGAAGCAGUUGAAGAGAGAAGUUGCUCAAUUGCUCGCCGUCGGCCACGAUCGGACUGCCAGGAUCAGGGUGGAACACGUAGUCAGGGAAGAGAAGACAGUGGCAGCAUAUGAUCUUAUUGAGAUUUACUGUGAACUGAUUGUUGCCCGUUUGUCCAUGAUUGAAUCACAAAAACUCUGCCCCAUUGACUUGAAGGAAGCAGUCUCUAGUGUAGUUUUUGCAUCCCCUAGAUGUGCCGACUUGCCGGAACUGGCGGAUGUGAAAAAGCAUUUUACAGCGAAGUAUGGAAAGGAAUUUGUUUCUGCUGCUGUUGAACUACUUCCAAACUGUGGGGUUGGCCGCUUACUCGUGGAAAAACUGUCUGCAAAAGCACCUGAUGGCCCGGAAAAGAUGAAAAUCUUGAGUGCAAUCGCUCUGGAACACAAUGUUAAGUGGGAUCCGAAAUCGUUUGAGGGUGAUAUCAAGCCUCCCGAGGACUUGCUGAACGGACCUGCUACAUUUCAACCGCCCAAUACGAUGCAUGCCCAAACUCAUGAUGUAGACCCACCUCGGAAUUUCAACAGCAGCCAUGCUUCUGCUCAUGGAAAGCAUGAUGGAAGCAUGAACUCAUAUGCCCCUAGUUCCCAACCUUCUUCUCAUUUGCAAUCACCUAGGCCUGAUGAUUUCGGUUCAAAUAAGGCAAUGUCAUCAGCUUUCUCUCACCCAGAGCAGAGGACUUCUCCAGGUAUAGGACCUGAAGGUGUGGAAUAUAGACAUUCACAUGACAGGUCAGGAGGAAAUUUUUCUGGGAGCCACCAGCAAUGGAAUACAGAGUUCAAGGAUGCCACGGCUGCUGCACAGGCAGCUGCUGAAUCUGCAGAACGAGCAAGCAUGGCUGCUAGAGCCGCUGCUGAACUCUCAAGUCGUGAUAACAUGAACAGGCGUCAGUCAAGAGAAGAAUCACAUUUUGCUUCUGGGUUUUCACACAGAGAUGAUGAAGGGCAGCGUCUUACGACUGGCUCUAGGUUUCUAGAUGAGAGACCUUCCAAGGAACCAAUGAAGAAUACAUCCAAAAGUAAAUCUCGAGUGAACUAUGAACAGCAGACUGAUGAUACUGAAGAAGAUAUCCUAGCUGCUUUGAAUGAAAGGUUUUACAAUCUGAAGGGCCGGUUGGCUGCUACCCCAGAUUCCAAUGGUCCUCCUGAGAUUGUUUCUUCUCCAUCUAUGAGUAACCACGAUACAGUAGAGAGGCAUUCCCAAACAAGCUCAUUUGAAUCGGACAAGAGUGACAUUUCAAGUGAUAAAAAUAUGGGAAGAGCGCCCAGUGAUCAUGAGGUGGACAUUAUUGGUGGUAACAUGCAUGGUGUGAUAAAACAUGAAACUUUUGAUUGUUUCGAGGAAUCAAGUGUCCCACACCAGUUUAGUGGUCUUCGUAACCAUCCCCAUUCAAAGAUUCCUAGUUCCGAUGAGAAUUCGACCUCAACAUGGGACCGCCAUAAGUCAAGUGAUGAUGCUACUUCUGUGGAUCUUUUUGUCAUUGGACAAGCAAGAAGCCGAGUAAAUGCCAAAGAAACAUGUUCGUAUGAUGUUGCCACUGCAGUAUUUGAUGAUCAUGGUUCUGAUGAUGGCGAGGCAUAUAAUUUGCAUGUUGAGGACGAACUUAAGGACCAACAAUCCAGUAUGGGCUCUCAUUUUCCUUCACGGACAAAUGCAUGGUGCCCUGGGCAGAAGAGCAUUUACGAGUCUCCAAGGAAGUCAAAUUCUUCAUUUCUCUUUACCAUUGAGAGAAACCAUAGGUCUGUUGCUUCAGAAGGUUUAACUAGCAAUGCAGUUCCUUCGCAGCAGGACGCUUUGUUACCAGUGACUUUUGAUGACUCGGAUGGACCAAGUUCUGAAAAUGAAGAUGGUGGUAGUACUUCUUCUCAUGUUCAGUCCAAAAAUCUGCACUACCAUGACCUCAAUGAGAGUUCUUCCUUGAAGGGAUCUUCAUCGUUUGCCGAAAAUGAAAACUUAGGGUACAAUAAUAGACAGAGUUCCCUGCGUCCAUCUUCAGCCGACUCCCAUGAAGGACAAAUGCAGCAUCAGAAUAUCCAGGGAGUUGGAGUUGGUGGUAUAAAAGCUGAUGAUGGGCAGUUUGGUGAUCCCAAUCGUCCUUCUAUCAGCUUGGCACAAUCUAGAUACAAUUCAAGUGACAUGGAUGAGAAGUUUCAAACACCGGUACUUCUGCCUGCUGGAGAUAGUGAUGGUGAUGAUGAAAAUGGAUCUGGUUCUGCAAGUGGUAAGGAGUUGAACUUUGGAUUCCUGGCAGGGGGGAUUCGAAACAAAGGCUAUAAACACCCACCUUAUCUUAAAAAUCCUGCUACUCAAAAUCCUUCACCAUCCAAACAAGCUGUUGAAGAAGUUACUUCUACAAGAAAUAUUCAAGACACAUCCAGCCAGGUACCUCCCCAAGAAGCAAGUAGAAGAAGAACUAGCUUAAGAAAUCCAGCUAGAUCAUAUAAUUUCAGUGACGGUGAUUCAGUCAAGGAUCGACCUUUACAACAGAAAUUCAACGGUAGUGAAGAAGGCCAACAUAAUAACCAUAACUCAGGAGGAGUUGAAGUAAACAAAGUAUCAGGGUCUCGAAGAGCCUUCUUCGAUUCAGAUGACAGUGAAGCCGAAAGGGAACUUCCUGAACAGAAAUCCGCCGCAGGGAAAUCUGUUGCAGGUCAGGCAUUUUCCAGGCGCACUAAGGAUGCUGCUGCUGCUGCUUCUGAUGAUAGGAGUUCCCAUCCAAAAACCAAGAGCUCAUCACAAUCUCCAGGAAAUGUUGACUAUGCUGCCCCCACUCAUCAAAGUCCUCCAACAUCCAAGUCAAAGCCCUCGACGUUCCAGUUGAGUUCAGAACCCACAGUAUCCUCUGGAAAGAACAGUGUUAGACCAUCUGCUACAAAACAACCGUCAAUUCCUGCUGCUCCGAAAACGGAAUCUCCAGGCAACAACUACAGCGCAAAGACUUCUGGUUCAACUGGGGAUCCCUCGUCCGUAAAAGAUCCUGUCAACAGAGCCAGUCACGUCCACCCUAAACUACCCGACUACGACACUUUUGCAGCACACCUACGGUCUCUUCGCCAGGAUCGCCAGUAA